AAAGAAUGGCAACUUUCAUUUCUGCAAGGGAGUGACCUUGGAGAUUGAAACGUUCCCUGCUGAUUUCUGAAUGUUGCCAUUUUGAGUGUUGAAUUUGUGUCCAUUUAUUUUUCAUUUGGCUGGAGACUGACCCGAGGACUGACUUGUCCUAUGCAGAGGGCUGAAGGGAUAAGAAAUUUCAUUCUGUGAGAGAGCAAAAGAUUUGGGUGCCUGGUUUGAAUAUAUACACAUAUACCCUGACCCUCUAAUUUAUUUGGGCGCUGGACAGCAUCCUGUAUCAAGAACAGAGACACCAUGGAAGUAUGAUGUGAAACAGGAAUGUCCAUUAUGACUUCUGAUCGAAAUUAAAGAGGACACAACUAAUUCUGGCCACGAGGAAGAAUCCUUUGCAAUCAGUUUUGUAGCCAAGUUUCACACCUAUUUUCAAACAAUUCCUGUUAUCUGCUGGGCCCCAGGAUGUUCAAAGAGUAUUUCCAGUAUAAAGGAAUCGGCUUUCCUCAAAUCGUCUACGCAGAACCUGUGUUGCAGAUGAUAGAAAAGGAUUUUCAAGUUCGAGAUGAUGAUAUUUUCAAUGUCACUUAUCAGAAGUCAGGAACAGUGUGGAUGCUGGAGAUUUUAAGUCUCAUCCGUAGCAAUGGAGACCCUACCUGGUGCCAAACCACCCCCAACUGGAAUCGAGGUCCUUGGUUAGAGACAGUGGAAGGAUACAGAACAGCUCUGACCAACAAGUCACCACGCAUUAUUAGCUCCCACCUGCCUUUACAUCUUUUUGCAAAAUCAUUCUUCAAAUCCAAAGCUAAGAUAAUCUACACAGUCAGGAACCCCAAAGAUGUCUUGGUGUCCCUCUAUCAUUUUGCUUCAAUGUUUCAGCCCUAUAAAGAUCCUGGCACCUUGGAUCAAUUUCUUGAGGGCUUUCUAAAGGGAGAUGUGCCUUUUGGAUCCUGGUUUGACCACAUUAAAGGUUGGAUGAACUUGAAGGACAAAGAGAACUUCUUCUUCAUUACGUAUGAGGAGUUGCAAGAGGAUCUGCGGGGAAGCGUGGUUCGCAUCAGCCAGUUCUUAGGCAAAGACUUAGAUGAUGCAGCCAUCGACUCCGUGGUUGCUAAUGCCUCCUUUGAAUCCAUGAAGAGCAACAAGAUGUCCAACUUCUCACUCAUACCACAGUCCAUAAUGAACCAAAAGAAAAGUGCUUUCUUCCGCAAAGGGAUUUCUGGAGAUUGGAAGAAUCACUUGACUAAGGCACAGAGUGAAUGUUUUGACCAAAUCUACCAUGAGCGCCUACAAGAUUUAAGUGUCACUUUUCCAUGGGACAAGGAAUAAAUUCGUCUUUCCCAGUUGAUUCCCUCCAUUACUGGACUGAUUAAUGACUUAUCAGGAUAUUAAUUGUCUAGUGCAAGAUGCUGUAGAUUAGUGACAACAUCUAGGGGAGGGACAGGCAGAUAUUCAGAGGGUUCUCCUGGAUUUCAUGGGAGAAGAGUGGGAGUAAGGGAGGAUAGUCAUUAAGGCCAUGAAGCCAAUGCUCAGGAAGUAAGUGGGAUGUGGUAGAUUAGAUUCCAGAGUGACCAAACCAUAGUGCUGAUAUCAUAUGUCUCAAGAUAUGGUUUUGAAGAUACAUGGUGCAUCCAUCUUGCUGAAGCUAAGCACAUCUGAAUCUGGUCAGUGCCUGGAUGGAAGACUAUCUGGUAGCCCUAUGUAAACCCCCUUGUCCAUGGUGGAAGCUGCAAUGUAAAUACAAUAUAAUAAAUAAAAUAAG